ACAGCGCGAUUUCGUUGCCUCUUUUCAUUGGGAUUUGGGAAAAUUCACUUUAAACUAUUUAUUUAUACUGUACUAUGGGAAAAGAAAGUAUAAGUUUGCUGAUGAUCUUAUUUUCUCUGAUUGCGAGUGAACCUCUCUCCAACUCAACUAAAACACUGACUGCACGUAACUCCACUGAGCAGACAGUGGACUACAGUGAUAUCGAGUCAAAGUUCUCCAUCAGAAGUGCAGAAUUCCCAGAUGAGGAUCUGUGCUAUCUUGUCCCAGGAAUACUGGAAUCUUUUUUGGAAUGUAACUUCAAAAUUGAUGCACAAACCUUCCUUAUCAUCCAUGGAUGGUCGGUUGCAGGUCUGUUUGAAAGCUGGAUCUAUAAACUCGUGACUGCCCUGUUGGAGCGUGAACCCAGCGCCAAUGUCAUUGUGGUCGAUUGGCUGAAUCGGGCGAACAAACACUACCCCACAUCAGCAGAAAACACCAGACUGGUGGGGGCAGAUGUAGCCAAAUUUGUCAAUUGGUUGGAGGAGUUGGAUUACCCGCUAGACAAGGUGCAUCUGUUAGGCUACAGUCUUGGUGCACAUGUAGCAGGUGUGGCAGGAAACCUCACAAACAACAAAGUGAACCGAAUUACAGGUCUUGACCCAGCAGGACCCAGUUUUGAGAAUGCCGACAGUCUUAGGCGUCUCUCACCUGACGAUGCAAGCUUUGUUGAUGUCUUGCACACGAACACCAGAGGAACGCCAGACCUCAGCAUCGGGAUCCAGAGGCCAGUGGGUCACGUGGACAUUUAUCCCAAUGGCGGAACUUUCCAACCUGGCUGCAGCAUUCAACAUACCAUGAGGCUCAUCGCUACCUAUGGCAUCUACAACAUGGACCAGAUUGUGAAAUGCUCUCACGAGCGCUCCGUGCACCUGUUCAUCGAUUCACUGUUAAAUCCGGCUCAACAGAGCUGGGCGUACCGCUGCAGCUCCAGAAACGCCUUCAACAAAGGUCUGUGCCUAAGCUGUCGCAAGAACCGCUGCAACAAACUCGGCUACAACGUCAACAAGAUCCGAACCACCAGGAACGCAAAAAUGUACCUCAAAACCAGAGAGAUGAUGCCAUUCAAGGUGUUUCAUUACCAGAUUAAGCUUCACGUUUUUAGUGAUAAAAACAUGACUAUGUUGGAACAGCCAAUGAAAGUGUCGCUGUUCGGCACAACUGACGAAAGGGAGGACAUCUCUGUCACUGUGCCCUUUAUGAUAACCAACAGCACCAUCUCCUUCUUGGUGACGUCCGAUAGGGACAUCGGAGAGUUGCUGAGGUUGAAGAUCAAGUGGGAGAAAGACUCGUAUCUGUCUGGCUUCUUCAGCACCAAUCAAUUCAUGAUUCGCAGAAUGAGGAUAAAAUCAGGAGAAACUCAAGCCAAGGUAAUAUUCAGACCAAAAGAGGGAGAAUUUGGUUUCCUCGUGCAGGGUGGAGUCCCCGUUAUCUUCGUGAAGUCCAGUGAAACCCUGCAGAGCAGGAGAGAGGAAAGGCAGCACAGAUUGAAGCAUCACGGAAGUUUCUUUAAGGGUGUGAAUGAAGCAUCAGCUGAUAUGAGUAAAGAGUUGCUGUUACUGAAUUUUACUGUAUCGACAGAACUCACGCCACAAACCACAACAAAGCCAAACACAACUUCAUGAGAUUUUUAGCAAAUGAAUCUCAUGAAAACAUAUUCAGGUCAUAUUGCACCCUAAAAUUAGAAGAAAUGGAAGCCUGUUUUUGUGACAUUCAUUUCAUUUAAAAUGUAAAUAUGAAAAUUAUAUAUAUGCAAGUAUCAUUUCUUAUGAUUUUGAAUUAUGAUUUAGACAUGCUCUUAACAGGUUUCAUCAGAUUCAACCCAAAUAUACACUGGUGUAAAAAGAGGUAACCUCCAAUUUGUACCUGAAGUAGCUAUUUCAACCUGAGUUUACCCUUAAAAUGAGUAAUGCUGGAGUAAUCUAAUGUAUUAAGAUUGAUUCAGUGAUGUUAAAUAAUAUUUUUGACUUGUAUUUAGAUGUAUAAUAAGCCUUACAUUCUCUGUAAUAAAGGGAACAUGUCCCAUUUAACAAGGACUCACAAAAUAAUAUCAAUGCAUAUUUAUAUUCUUCCAAUGAAUUGCAUACAGUCAAUUUACACUCCCAACAUCUUAUGAAUGUGCUGCCUUUGUUUAUAUCGUUGAUGAUUGACAGGGAAUGGACUGCUGUAUUCCAAGGGAGUAUCUUGGAUGUAUAUUUGUGUAAAUGUGUGUUUUUAGUAGUACCUUUGGUUUGUACAGUCAUUAGAUUAAUACACUCAAAGUAACAUCAUAGUUUCGAUUGGCACAUCAUUUAAAAACUUUAUACUGGCAAACUGUUCUGUUCAGUUUGACCAGUGGCUUUUGUGAAUGCAACAAUGCUGUAUGCUUCUGAAAUGUAUAUAGGGUUGGUCGUAAUAACCGAAUGUGUGUCUGUAAAUGUAUCUCAAUAAAUGAAUGCUACUGCACACCAUCUCUAGUAUGCGAGCGGGAUCCGAGUUGGAGUGGCAAAGCUCAUUUUUAGGGUGGCAGCUGCCACCCCGUGCCACCCUUCUGACCCCGACACUUCUUACUGUACUUAAUAUUGUAUUAUCUUUGUGAAUUAUGAAUGCUUCAAGCAGGGCUGGACUGGGAAGAGUAAUCGGCCUGGGAUUUUACAUAGCAAGUGGCCCAAAAGUGUUCGCUGGUGCCGUUUUGUGGUCCAUUACGCAUAGCGGCAGCUCAUUCGGACCGCUCGGUUCUCCUGAUGGCCGGUCCGGCCCUGAUCGGCCCCAAAGUGCAUCGGCCCACCGGGAAAAUGUCCGGUAUACCAGAUUACCUGUCCAGCCCUGAUUUCAAGUGAAGAAUGUUUUAUGCAUUCCCAUCAACUACAUUUACACUUGUUAAA